AACACUUUUUUUCCUAUAUAUAGGAGUAAUCUUAUUUUGCUUAUGAAAAAUAUUCCGAAUAUGUUCGUUAGUACAUUUUUUUUUAUCAGUCAGCUCAACGCCUUCUAGAUGUACUUUUGGGUUUACAACAGAUGGAGGCUUUUUACGAUUCUCUUUUUCGCCCGCCUCGCCGUGAUGACGUCAGCGCUGACGCGUUCAUUCAGCGUCGAGUCUUCAGAGCUGAGCUCUGCUGUCAUCAGUGAAAAACAAAGACAGAGUUUAUUGAAGGACAGUGAGAAGAUGAGUGAUCCAGAACCCUGCAGAAUUAAACAGGAAGAGACUGAAGAACUAAUAGAUGUGAUGGUGAAGGAGGAGAGCGAAGAACUGAGUGAAGAUGAGGAGAAACAUCAUGUCAAGACUGAAAAUGUUACUCGCACGAAGACUGAAGAUAGUUUUGUAAUGGAAAGAACAGCCGUGAAAUGUUUCACCUGCACCCAGUGUGGAAAGAGUUUCAGCCACGAAUGCUAUCUCAAGCGUCACAUGAUGAUCCACACUGGAGAGAAACCUUAUCAGUGUUCACACUGCGGCAAGAGAUUCAAUAAUCUAGGAAACCUGAGAACACAUGAGAUGGUCCACACUGGAGAGAAACCCUUCAAGUGUUCAUAUUGCAACAAGAGCUUCAAUUGUUCAGGAAACCUGAACAAACAUGAGAGGAUCCACACUGGAGAGAAAACACACAGAUGUGAUCAGUGCAGGAAAACAUUUUUGAGUUCUUCAGAUUUUAAUAAACAUCUUAGAGAUCAUACAAAGGAUAAGUCCUAUUCAUGUGCAGAGUGUGGAAAGAGUUUUACAAUAAUGUCCAGUUUAAAAAAACAUCAGAAGAUCCACAGUAGUGUGAGAGCGUUUGUGUGCUUUGGGUGUGAGAAGACUUUUAGUAGAGCUGAAGGUUUGAAGCUGCACCAGAGGAUUCACACUGGAGAGAGACCGUACAAGUGUUCACACUGCGACAAGACGUUCAGACGGUUACAAACAAUGGAAACACACAAGAGGACUCACACUGGAGAGAAACCGUUCACAUGUACUCAGUGUGGGAAGAGUUUCACCCAAUUAUCACACCAUAUAGGACACAUGAGGAUCCACACUGGGGAGAGACCGCACAAGUGUGAUCAGUGCGGGAAAACAUUUUCGAGGCCUUCAGAUCUGAAGAGACAUCUUCGACUUCAUACAAAGGAGAAGCCUUAUUCAUGUUCUGAGUGUGGAAAAAGCUUUUCUCAGCAAUUCCAUUUUAAAACGCAUCAGAAGAUCCACACUGGUGUGAGAGAGUUUGUGUGCUUUGCAUGCAAGAAGAAUUUUUUUACAUUAGCAGACUUGAAGAAGCACCAGAAGAUCCACACUGGAGAGAAACCGUAUGUGUGUUCACACUGCAACAAGAGAUUUACUCAUUCAGGACCUCUGAAAGCACACGUGAGGAUUCACACUGGGGAGAAACCGUACAAAUGCACUCAGUGUUGGAAGAGUUUUGCUCGAUCAUCAACCCUUAAUGAACACAUGAAGAUCCACACUGGAGUGAAAAAGCACAAAUGUGAUCGGUGCAGCAAAACAUUUUUCAGGCCUUACGAGCUUAAGAAGCACCUUGAUCUUCAUACUGAGCAGAAGCUUUAGUCCUGCAUUUAGAUCUGAGUGCUGCAUUCGAUACUAAAUGUCACAGUAUAUUGUUGGACAGACUUCACUAGUGGAUCUGUUUAUCCGGAACCGUGUUUACAUCGUAUCUUUCUGUGUGCCUUUGCGUCAGGGUGUCCCACAGGGAUCAGUUCUGGGUCCACUUUUAUUUAGUAUUUAUAUGCUUCCUCAUGGGGUGGCACGGUGACUCAGUGGCUGGCACUCACUACAAGGUCACUUGUUCGAGUUCUAGCUGUGCCAGUUGGCAUUUCUGUGUGGAGUUUGCAUGUUCAGGUGUGUUUGAUCAGGGUAGGAGCUUAACUCUGCAGGAAGGUAGAUCUCCAGGAACAGGGUUGAGCACUCCUGCCGUGAAGUGUAGGUCUUCAAUUCCUGGAGGGCCGCAGCUCUGCACAGGUUUGCUCUAGCCGUAAUCAAACACAGCUUAUCUAAAUAAUCAAGGUGUUCAAGAAAAGCUGCGUAGAUCUGUGGCCCUCAAGGAAUUAAGUUUGACACCUAUGCCCUAGAGUGGUGGUGUCCAGACUCGUAUCUUGGAGAGAUUAGCUCCAACUGUAAUCAAACAUACCUGAACCAGCUAAUCAAGCUCUUACUAGAUAUACUAGAAACAUUCGACCAGGUGUGUCGAAGCAAGUUGGAGCUAAACU